AUGCUUUCCCGACGCCCCGACAUCGCUCGACAUGUGCGACGGCUUGUUGUGAGGCCUCAUGCGAGCAAACCGCACAUGACAAUCCUCGAAAACAUCGAAGUUGCAACGGCAGUGAGAAACAUAGCGUCAGGGAUGUGUUUGGAUGCCCUGGUGAGGUUCCAUUGGGAUGCAGAUGAAUUGCCGAUGCUGGAUGAUAUGUGGUUCGCUUUACGCAUGGGUUGUCCACAGCUUCGUUUCCUUGGGAUCUCAGUUGGUGCAACCAUUCCGCAACCCAAGAGCCAUCUUUAUGAUUUCAAGGACCUCUUGGGAUUUUCUUUGACUCUUAAGCAUGGAUUUUUCGAUAAUCAAAUCGAUAUGUUUGUGGAUGAAGAACAUGCAGUGUUGCGAAAAUUCUGGGAUAUGUUGAUUCACCGUUGUCCAAACCUAGAAGAACUCGGGAUCGACGGCUACUCAAGUGUGCCAGCAGAUGUUCAUUUAAUCUUAGAAGGACGCUGGCCUUCCCUGCGAAAACUGACACUAGGCGACGUGUGUGUUGAUUGGUUCAAUCGGUCCAUCAGCCCAGGGGAGAAGCGCCCGUUUAUCACUUUUCUCGAAGCACAUCCGUCCCUUAAAUCCCUCAGUUUAUCUCGACAUACCAUACAAGCCAUCCACUUCAACACUCUGGAGCCUGGCUCGUUACCUAACGUCACACGAUUUUCGGGAACUCAUCAACAACUGCAGGCUCUUCCGCAUCUGCAUCGAAUGAUCGAGUAUGUCACAUUCCGCGAUCCGGUAGAGACAAGAGAUGUUUCCGCUCCUACUGUGGCUAGCCUGUUGCGAGAUUUGCCCUCACUUAUGAGUCUCAAAAUCGCGUUCACAUUGCACUCUAUGUACGACAGCGGGAACCUACUUCGGUCACUUAUACAAUCUUGUCCUAUGUUGCGACAUCUAGAGCUCACCUGUGCUCAUAAACCAUCUUUUCAGCUUGAUACGUUUGCAAAGACAAUCCGAGGCUUUCCCAAACUUCGAUCCCUUCAUCUCACCAUUGUCAAAUAUCCGGGCGAUGAAACGCUCGUGUCCGGCGCAACACGAAUUGCACAGUCCAACCCGCGUCUGCAAACGUUCUCGCUUACAUUUAUUCCUCCUGUGUAUCCUGUCCCGCUUCCUUUUUCUUUCGCCCUUCCCAACCGCACUCUCAUCCCCUUUGCCUUGCCUGUGCGCGCGACGGGGGUAUUCGAGGUGGCUUGUGACGUUCAUGGACUGCCCCUCACACUGACAGGGACGGAGUACUGCCGCUUCGUGUGGCCACUCGGGCUCGGCGUAUCGACUCGCACAAGAAAGUAUAGCACUGACCUCCGGCCCAUGGGAUACCCGGGGCGUCAUCGGAAAACGGGCGUGCUUGGGGUGCUAUCGCUGCUGGUCGAAGGAAGCUCUGCCGGUGAAGAGAUCAGGGUGUUAGUAUUUUGUGCAUUUUUAACCGUGCUCGCGGCGUUUGGGAUUGCAGUGAACGGGUCGAGCGGGGGAAGUCGGUCACGGACGCUCGCACAGGCAGGUGCGAGUGUUGCUGCUGCCGCGAACGGUGUCCAGGAGUGA